AUGUCCUUUUCCAGCGGCGGUGGCGGCACACUGGCUCUGCCCUCGCCAACUCACGCCCAUCAUAUGGACCCCACGACUGUGCGCAACCUUCGACGCUCCAUGUCACGAUCUCCCACGAAGCUCAUGGCGCGUGCAAACUCUCACGGCCUCACAAGCUCACGACAAAGUUCACCAAAAUCACCGAACCGACGACUUGCCACCACGCCGCUACAGCAACGGCCGGUGCUACAUCCUCCUUCGUCAACGCCGCCAACUGCAGACUCACCGUUUGUCGCUAGCGCCCCGCAAUUAUCACCUUCGCAAACGCAGACUCCCCUUCGGCCAGGCGUUAAGCUCUCGCUUCGGUCCGUCAAAGCUGCUAAAGCGGCGCCUCCUUCGCGCAUCACUCGGGCUCGAGUUUCUCCUAGAAGCCCUUUAAAGCGCGCCCUGUCCACGACCCCCGAUUCUGGAAACUCUACCUCUUCACAGUCACCAGUAUCGCCUCUCCGAGCCAGAUUCUUGGGUCAAGAAAACAACAGCAGCACGACUCCCGAGCACUCAGCACCACGAAAAGCGAUCGAUCGAACAACCCGUUCUACUGUGCAGUUUGAUAUCACCGGUGCCUCUCAGCUUGCGUUCCUCAAGGCGCUGGAAGAAAGUAGUGAUCCAUCCAUGACCCCAGCAACAGGCGCGCUGAAGCGCAGUGACGCAACCAUGAAUUUGGAUCAGUCAAACCAAGGCAGCCCGGUGGCGAAGCGACGAAGUCUACACGGCAUUAUGAGUUCUGGGCAGUCUCAAGACCUCUUCAAUUCGAGCGCAUUCCAGCCUGGCGUUUUCGAUAUUCAUGAGGAUGAAUAUCCUGAAUACGAACUGUCUGGCACUGGAGGAGCCAUAUCUGAACGUGAUCACUUGGCAUCUCCAACUCAUGCAUCAAAUAUUCCAAAGCGAUCGUCCUCUCUCCGCAGAUCAACUUUACAGCAACGAUAUGGCGACAAGACUUCUUGGGGGAAACGUUCUGGUGAGCGACAGCUCUCGCCGCUGGGAGCCGAUAUAUCUACGCCGGUCCGACACCGGCCUCGUCUCUCUGCAGACUCUUUCGUCCCUCCGACAGCUGGUCGCGAAAAUCCCUUUGCACCUGGCGCCAGUGCUGCGACGGAAAACAAAAGCCACCAGCCACAUCCGCUGUCCAAGACGCUCACCACGUCGACCUCUGGCAACAGCUUGACUGAGGAGCAAUCUUUUUACGCGCCCGCAAAAGUAGCGUCGAAACCACAUCCUUUCUCCAGAUCUCUCCCCCCUGGUGCUAUGCGCCCGUCUAGUCGACAUGCCGCUGAACAAAGGACCAUGGCCACGCCAAACCAGACACACCAGCUUUGGAUCGGUGCAUUCAACUCAACCGGCCUUGUCUCCAAAGUAAAUCGAAAUCUGGAAGACGAGGCCGACAAGAAGAUGGCGCCUCCCGACACGCCAUGCAAAAAGCAUAUCAAUCCCUUUGCUACUUUUCCGCCACCUGGCAGUUCGGGCAAGAAGAGGGGGAACAGCCGCAAAUCAUUUGGCGGUAUUCCUUCCACCCCCUUUGGCCCCAUCAUGGGCCGUGCCCCCGAUACGGUCGCCAAUCCUGGCAAAGGACUCUCAAUUUUCCAACGGAGCAGCGUUCUAGGAAACCGCCGUGGGAGCAUUCUUGGCGCUGACGGCGAUGAUGGCAAACUGUUUGCCGAUAGCGUCGACUUUGCAAGCCCUGCGGAAAGCGAUGUUCCGCCAACCCCAACCAAGAAUCUCCUAACACCAAGCUUCAGUGGCCUGAGCAAUUUUAGUGAAAGUUCUCAAGAAAGCCCGAGUGCCAACCGGACCUUGACACUUUCUCUUUCAGCCGUCAAACCACCGCCACAAUCGCGGGAUUCAACCUUGAGCCCCGAUGGACGACGCACUCCUCAAACCCCUCAGGAAAACUUGCUACCGCUGGAUACCAGCCGGCUGUCCAUCUCUCAGAGCAGAGAAGGUCGGCGAGAAUCACACAUGCCGCCCCCUGUCACGCCGACUAACUUCCGUUCAUCUACGAGCAUUUUCGUCACCCCAGUCAAUAACGCUCGCAACACGGGCCUGGACAUUGAUGCUAGCCUAUACUCCAAGUUUGACAAGGUUGAGCAGAUUGGCAAAGGUGAAUUUUCUACGGUAUACCGUGUAACAAAGCAGGAUUUUGAGAGUUCCUUUACUCCAGCCUCAUUCACCCCAGUUGACAGCCACGCCAGAAGCCCUGCCAAAACUCAGGUCUUCGCUGUCAAGAAGACCAAGCAGCCGUACCAUGGCCCCAAGGAUAGGAAAGCAAAGCUGCGUGAAGCUCAAAUUCUGCGGGCUUUGUCACAUGCUGAACAUGUUGUACAAUAUAUUGAUGAUUGGGAGCAUAACUUUCAUCUUUACAUCCAGACAGAGUUUUGCGAAGAGGGGACUCUGGAUAAAUUUUUGGCCCAUGUCGGGCAGUUGGGUCGAUUGGAUGACUUUCGUAUCUAUAAGAUCUUGCAAGAUCUUUGCUUGGGAUUGAAAGAAAUCCACGACGCUGGAUUUAUGCAUUUAGAUAUGAAGCCGGCAAAUAUUCUGAUUACCUUUGAAGGAGUCAUCAAGAUUGGUGAUUUUGGAUUGGCGCAGGCUGUUUCCGAUGACACAUAUCUGGAUAUCGAAGGAGACCGCGAGUACAUGGCCCCAGAAAUGUUGGAGGGCAAGACGGAUCAGUCUGCUGAUAUUUUCUCCCUUGGCCUUAUGACGCUGGAGGCAGCGGCUAAUGUGGUGCUUCCCGACAACGGACCUACCUGGGUUGCCCUCAGGUCUGGUGAUCUCUCUGAAGUGCCCAGCCUCACCUGGACCCCGUCAAGCGAAGUUCAGCGGGAUGCCCUCGGUAACCCGACCGACUCUGCUAUGAGUGAGGAACUCCAGAGUGAGAAGAAGCCGCGCAGCCCCGGCAACCUCUUUGGAUCUUUUAAGCGAUCGGAACUUCAGCAGCCGCCUGAGUUUAUGGUGGAUGCCUUCCACCCCAGCUCCCUUGAUUCGAUUGUUAGGUGGAUGACGCAGCAGGAGCCGGAAGAGCGACCACGCAUCGAAGAGGUCUUGGCCUUGGAAGGCUUGCAGUGGGUGGCAGAGCACCGGAAUGCGCCCGCCAUAGUCUACGAGGGGAACUGGGGCCCCUCUGAACUAUUCCCCGUCUCCAUCAUCAAUGAUAGCGACCUUGAAAUGACGGAUAUUUAA